UUGUACCAUACCACCAUGACACCCAAAGCCGUCCUCAAGAAUAUCAUCAACCUCCCUCAAAUAAAAAAAGAAUAUCAUCAACCAAUCUCUCCCUCCUCCCUCUCUCUCCCUCCUAUAAAUAGUCUCCAAUGGAGUUGUUGCCCCCUGGUUAGCAUUUCCUCUCUCUAUCUAUCUAGACACAACUACAAGACAACCCACAUCUACAUGUACGCCCUUGCACAGCACCACUGAACUAGUGUGUGUGUGUGAGAGAGAGAAUUGCCUGCCAAGAAACAAAAGAGUGAUCAAACCGAGAAGAGAAUUCCUUCCCUCCCAGCAAGGAGAGGAGUAGCAAGCAGCUCCUUCAAGGGUGAGAUCUAGAGAAAGAGAGAGAUGGAGAUGAGGCCCGGGUGGGUUGGCGGCCUGGUGGCGGAGAGCUUCUUCGUGGCUUGCCCCGCGCACGAGAGCCGCAAGAAGAACGAGAAGAACAUCUUCUGCCUCGGCUGCUGCGCCAGCAUCUGCCCCCACUGCGCACCCGCGCACCGCCACCAUCCUCUCCUCCAGGUGCGACGCUACGUGUACCAUGACGUCGUCCGCCUUGGUGACCUCGAGAAGCUCAUUGACUGCUCUUAUGUUCAGUCCUACACGAUCAACAGUGCGAAGGUGAUCUUCCUGAAGCCGAGGCCUCAGUCCAGGCCGUUCAAGGGCUCCGGCAACGUCUGCUUGACAUGUGACCGGAUCCUCCAAGAACCCUUCCAUUUCUGCUCCCUCUCUUGCAAGGUGGAUCAUGUGAUGAUGCAGGGAGGGGACCUGUCCAACAUCCUGCAGUACUACGGCGAGCCGGACCAGCUCGCCUUCCCGCGGUUCGAGAACCUCCGCGUCGAUGGCUCGGACCUCGACGACGACACCGACGGCGGGCAGGUCACCCCAAACUCAAUCCUUGAGGACCCGAUGCACCACUACGGCGGCGGCGGUGGGUCGAGCGACAAUGGUGACACUAGGGUCAGUGGCGGUGGGCAGCGCGGCGAGGCGGUGGCGGCGGAGAAGAGAAGGAAAGGGGGAGGGUUCUUCCCCAAGAUUGUGCUGUCACUGAGCAACAGAAGGAAGGGUGCCCCCCACAGGUCACCUCUGGCCUAAGCUCUACGUCUGCAGUUAGUUAUAAGUAGCUAGUAGCAGUUGCAAUCAAGGUGGUAGCUUAGCUAUUAGCAGUGUGUUAUAAUAGUCCUAUGAUUAGUCUUGUAGAGAGAUGAGAUGAGAGUUUGUUUGGUUGAUUGGUUGCUUUGAGAGGGGCCUUGUGAUCCAUCUAGCUAGGGCCAUCUCAAGGCAGUUGGUUGUCUGAUGAGACAAAGAAAAGGGCAAAGCAGUUCCCUGUUACAGGCCUAGGUAGGCACUGGCAAGUGGGGCCCACUUUGCAGCCAGGGCUUCCCCACAAGCACAAGGUGGCUACCAAUUUUGUAUUCUGAUGUAACAAGGGUUACUUGCAUACACUUCCACAACUAUAUAAUUAUAAUAU